AUGAAAAACACUUACCAAUGUGGUUCAAUCCCACUGACAUCUUUUGUGUGCCAAGCAAUUCCUGGGAUUCGAGAAAUGGCUGGAAGAUCCGAAAUGCAAGGGAGAGAGCCGGUAAACGAGCAGAUGGUAGCAAACAUGUACACAUCCAUGAGAACUGAGCUAAACCAGAUAUACUCCAAAAUCACUGAACUGGAGAUGGAAGUGAGCGAGCACUCAUUGGUCAUUAAUGCCAUCCAACCCCUCGACCCUACCAGGCGCUGCUACCGCAUGAUCGGAGGGGUGCUCGUAGAGAGGAACAUCAAGGAGGUCCUGCCAGCAGUGCAGCGUAACAAAGAAGGGAUCGAGGAAGUUGUUGCCAGGCUGAACGAAGCCCUGGAAAAGAAGAAGAAGGAGAUCGCCGACUUUGAAGCUAAAUACAAGAUCAGGAUGAGGAAAGCUGAUAGUGACAUGAAGGAUGAAGAAGGUAGCAAGAAGGAAGGCGGCUCUCAGGGCGUCCUCGUGGGCCCUGCAGGCUCAGCGGACUGAAUCAUUCAGACGCAAGUUCCAUCCUUGUUUUCGUGAUCGCCUGUUCGCAUCGCCAUGCUGCACACCAUCUUAGAUCGAAUAACUCAGUUUCAGUUGUCAAUCACUUUCGUCCAUUUUCACGAUCCAAAUUUGUUUGAGGUAUUGUCUGAGGGAAUUUCUAAAGCCCGUCUGCGUUUAUUACUAGUGAGACACUGCAAGUUCGAUUCCGAUACAGGAAGGAGAUGGAGUAAGGAAAGGAAAUGCGAGCUAUCGCCAUUUUUCGGUAGAGCUCAACGCCUCAGACUGAAUGAAUAUAAACAGGAUUCCGAAUUUCAGGGUUCGUAUGAUAACUUGAUCAAGCAGAAAAGUAAUAAUACAAUCGACACUCCUGAGGCUGUGGGAAAAGUAGAGAAUAACAAUCGUGGUUUCCUCUUCUUAGCUGAAGAAAUCCUGAACGCCUCUACCGGCGAACACCUUAUCGGAGAGCUCGGCCAGCAAGGCAUUGACGGUGAGCAAAGCGACGCUGGAGCCAGCAAUGACGCCCAGCACCACGCCGGUGGUUCCCAAAACUUUACCGAAGGACGGCCACUCUAUCUCUCGAAUCUCCUCCGCCACUCCGCUCCACAGAUCCCCGCCGCCACCGGCGCUGCCUUCCGCUUUCUUCCUCUCCAUCAUCGCCUGCCUUAUCUCUUCUCCCAAAUCGCUCUGCUCCUCUUUCUCGGUCGGCGUUGCCGCCGCCCUGAAGUCAUUCAAUUGCUCCGAUUCCGUUUGCUCCUCCUGGCUCUCUUCGACUGCUCUCGUUACAGUUCGCAGUUUCAGAAGCCGGGAGCUGAAGGAGGUAGCGAUAUGGAUGGUUAGGGAUUUGAAUCGGAGAGGAAGGGAGGGGGGAUGAAGAUUGGAGGGAGAUGGAUAAAGAGGUGGAUUCAGGGGAAGAUUGGAGAGCGCCAUUUCUGCGUUGGGCGAACUCCCAGCU